CCAAGCUGCAGUGCGACAUCUCAGAGAUGCAUCUGUCUUUGUCUCACCAAUGGUCCUCCUGGACAGUCCUCUUGCUGCUGGUGUCCAACCUGCUUCUGUGGGAGAACACAGCCUCUGCUAUGAGAGCUAAACUGUUGAAUGUCCACAACUACACAUCCUAUGGAGACACUUGGAAUCAGGCAAUUAAGAUAUCCCAGGACAUGAAUCAGUACAUUUCAGAUCUGUCCACUCACGUUAAAAUAUUUUAUGCCCAAGGCCGAGGGUUUGAACGCCGGACCACCAGAUGCCACACUUCUUCCCUCUCUAGUCCAGAAAACAAGGAGCAAGCCCAACAGUUCCAACUGGAAGUACUACUGGGGUUGUCACACAGCCUAUUGCAAGCCUGGCUCAACCCUCUGCACCAUCUGUGGGCUGAAAUGUGUGACAGGCUAGGAUCCACUCCUCCUACCCUCUACAAGGCCUUGAUGCUUAAGGAAUCAAACAUAAAGCUCCUGGAUGCCAUAAAGAAUAUUGCCAAAAAGGGUAAUUUUGAAAUCAACGAAAAGGCGAACUACACUGCCUGGUCUGAAUUGGGAUUCUUGCAAUCGCCCAAUAGAGACACUAGAUACUUUGCCUUUUAUAACCUGUUUCACUGCCUCAAGAAGGACUCAAAUAACGUGGAAAUGUAUCUGAAGCUUCUGAAGUGCCGACUGAUCCGAAGCAAGUGCUAAGAACGCAUAACAUCCUUAAUAUCCUUCUGCCCCAGUGAUGGUUCUUAAAUUGCACUUGUACAAAGUACCUGAGUCUAAUGGCUCUGUUCUUUAAAAACAAAAAAUAAAAAACUGAACAAAGUU